AUGUUACUAUCACGAGUUCGCAUAGCUCCUACCUAUAGGACACUACUAUCAUAUAGAAGUGUUUCUACGUUAAGCACCAAUUCCUAUAUAAAAGUUUUCCCCAAUGCCUCAGUAGACAAUGGGCAUCUACUCACAUAUCUCGAUACCAAUCCGCCAAAACACAGGCUGGCCAUUGGCUCUACAACUGCAUUGCCCCCAACACCUAAUUCCUUCUCCGAGAACCGCGAGUUUUUAUCUAUCUUAACCGAUGUCCUUCGCAAACAUGCCGCACAAGAUCCCGGCCUUCUAUCCCAAGCCCAAGCUUUUGCUGGCCCAGGCGGCGCAACUCUUGGUUCAGGCGGCGCAUUCUUUCCCCAGCAAAGAAAGCACCGUAAUACUAGAGGAACAGCCGCUGGACUAGGUGGAGGAGGUGGCGCUGGCGGGGGCGGCGCUGGAGGAGCGAGUGCCCAAGGGGGUGCCGGGGGUGCUGGAGUCGGAGGACAUAUCCAUCUCAGUGACCUAAGAAAUCCACCUGACUACGGCCGAAUUGCGUGGCCGGAAGAUAUUCUUGGCAGCAUCGAAGUCGAUAGGUCUGGAAACAUAAUAGGAGAAUUCGAGCCAAGUGGGACAUACCGUAUUAUUACCAAUGAGGGAAUUUUGGGCUUGAGCGAUUUUCUUAGAACAAAACUUGUUGAGAGGCUGAAAGAGGAGGAAAAAAGGCUGUGA